UUCAUGUUACACUCAAACCUUCUAAGGUCUCCACAAUAAUGGAACCAGACGCAAAAUUAUUUCAAGUCCAAAACAACACUAUCGCUUCAAUUGUCCAACUGUACAACAAAACUGAAGAAUCGUUGGCUGACGAUGUUCUAAAUUUAAAAAACUGGAUGAAAGGUCAACAUCACCUUCCCGAAAUUUUAGAUGAUAAAAGUCUGCAAAAUUUUUUAAUCCUUAAUAAAUGUAACCCAGAAAAAGCCAAAGAAAAAAUCGACAUGUACUACACUUUCCGAAGUCAAGUACCUAAUUUGGUCAAAAACAUGAAUCCUCGAUGUUCCAACAUGAAAACCGUGGAAAAUCAAAUGUACCAUGUACCCUUACCAAAACUAACCAAAGAUAUGUACAGAGUGUUCGUGAAUAAAUACCAAAUUAAAGACAACCAGGAACAAAUUGAUCCCUACGACAUACUUAAAAUGGCUGCCAACUUGCAAGAAGUGAGAUUAAAAGAAGAUAUCAUGUUUGGAGAUGUGAUCAUUUUUGACUUAGAAUGGUCAUCUGUACGUUUCUUGUCAAAACUGACGCCAACUUUUCUUGUGACAAUGUUAACUUUGUAUAAAAAAAUAUAUUCGCUUCGAGUGAAGGGUGUCUAUGUCGUUAAUACUAUCCCUUACGCCAGCACGUUACUAGCCAUCGGCAAGACUUUGUUGAAGCCUAAAUUAUUCCAAAGGAUUCAUUUUUGCAAAGACACGAGUAUUUUGAGGGAACACUUUCCCUUAGAAAUGUUACCAAAGAAUUACGGUGGCACCGAAAAGUCAGUCGAGGAAUUGCAUGAAUUAUGUCGGCUGAAGUUUCAAGAAUAUCAAGACCGUUUCGAUCUCUUGGAUAAAUUGAGAGUGAAUGAAAGCUUAAGACCAGCCAGACUUCAAAAUGAAAACGACGAAUUUUUGGGUUAUUAUGGAAAUUUUAGAAAGUUAGAGAUUGAUUAACGUUUAUUUUACACUUUAUCGAAAUAUUGUUUUCCCUGCUUAUUAUUAUAAUAAAGGUCGAUCCGACACAAAAAUUAUAAUACUCACCCUGUAUAGCUAAUCUGAGAGUUGCAAAACCAUUUACUGCUACGAUUGCCCUUGAUUUACACAUU